CGCAGCGCAUUCAAAAAGCAAAACAACAAAUUCUGUUAGAUUGUCAAAAGUUCUCGUUUCGUCUGGAAGUAAAAAUUUAUCGUCUCGCGAUUCCGUAUCCGAUUUUCUAUCCUCCCUCUUGAUUGGAUUUUGAUAGAGAAGAAAAAGUGCAAGUGAAAAUAUUUAUAUUUCAUAAGGAAAGUGUUUUUGUUCAUUCUGUAGUGAUUAGAUUGAUUCAUCGAAUAAAAUACAAACAAAGAUUCAAUGCAACCAAUCAAUUAAGUAUACUAUGAUGCCGGUCAUGUGAAUGAACUCCAAUCCAAGAGUUUGAUCAAUCAUCAGAGGGAGCUGAAGGAAAUUAAAAAAAAGACCGCCUAACGAUGCCAUCACUCAGGCAAAAGGUCACAACAUACUUUCGUCAAUUGAGCUUCAUUGCCGAUUCGAGAGAUGGCCCGCGGAGUCCUCGUAAGACCGAAGAAGAUGAAGGUGGUUUCAUUACAAAGUACUUGGAGGGUCGAAUGGAAAGAAUAUUUGUACCUGGCCCAGAAGUAAGCAAUGGUCAAAAUCCGUCCGAUAUGCCUCAACUUGCACUGUCGUCAUAUCCCACCGGUGCGCAUACCAUUACAUCAGCUUGUACCGGUCCCGAUGAUGGCCUAACUGGAAUCAAAAGAUCAAAGCUACAUUUAAGUGCUGGUUCUGAUAUUGACUUCAUUGAUACAAUUCAGGAUAAUGAUGCCAUGGAAGUGCGCAAAAGCAUAAGCAAUCAUAAUAAAUUUAAGUUCAAUGCAUCGAAAUAUCGAUCAGAUCAAAAUGCUAAUAAGGUGGCUGUUAGUGGUGGUGGUGGUAUUGGUGGCAGUGUAAUAGCCAACACACGCUCCAGAAGGAAUUCAAAAGUCGAACAAUCCGGCACAACCACUAACUGUGAAAACAAUGCCAAAGGAGGAACAACGAUUGUCGUUAGUAUGGUCAGCACAACAAAAUCAAACACUGCCUCUCAAAAUGGCACCACCAACACCAAUGCUUUAACCACCGACGAGGAGCAAAGCAACAACAAGAACAUAGUUAACGCAAAGACUGAUUUUAAGGGAAUCUCGAAAGGCCAUAAUGGUAUCAUUAAAACACCAACGACAACGAUCUCAACGUCGUCGCCGUUAAUUGAUGAUUCGAAACCACAAAAAACUGAGAAGAAACUUGAUGAUUCAUCACGUUUGUUACGCGAAGCGGUCUCGAAUCAGGCUCUAGUAAUGGAAAACGGUUCGGUAGUGGAGCCAAUUGCAGGAGUCACAAAUUGGAAGAUGGAAUCUGAGAGUGCCUAUGGAAUAUCUGUGUCUUUGUAUGAGAAUAAUAUGUUGACUAAGGAACCAAUGGGGAAUCCCAUUGCUGAUUGUUAUGGCAUGGUUGUGCGUGGCAAUGCCGCUGCAAUGGCCUUAGCUGAUGGUGUUAAUUGGGGUGAUGGAGCUCGUUUAGCAGCACGUUCUGCAGUUCACGGAUGCCUAGACUAUUUGGACCGAGCUGUAUUUGGCAUGGCUCAAGAAUGCAUAGCUACCAAUACCACAGAAGUUUUUGUAUCGCUUUUAAGAAGUCUAUGGGAAGGACAUGGGUGCAUUUUAGAAGUUGGUGGGGCCUUAAGUACAUUAACAAUUGCUGUUGUUUUACCAUUAGCUGAAGAAAAUCUCGGCAAAUAUGUUGUAUGUGCGUGUAAUGUUGGAGAUUCUCUCGGUUAUGUAUAUUCAAAGAAGCAUGGUGUUCGGGAAUUUACACAGGCUUGUCAUGAUAUUCAUUCGAUGCGUGAUAUGCGUGAUGCAUUGGGUGCUCUUGGUCCUGCCGAUGGCAAUAAGCCAGAACUUAGCAAUCUUACACUUUCUAUGACCGUUGUCGAUGCUGGAGAUAUAGUUUUUCUUACUUCAGAUGGAAUAAGUGACAAUUUUGAUCCGGUGGUUGGAAAAUUUGCAGAGGCGUGGACACCAGAAAGUAAAAUUUCCAAAUACGAAAGCCAACGUUCACUUGGGGUACUAGCGCCCAAACGACAAAAUAAGAGUGCAUCAGCUAUUUACUCGCGUUUGCAUCGCGGAGAACCGACCACUAAUAAGAUGUCUUGCAGUAUGAAUGCUGGCCAAUCUACAAUUCCGUCUCGCCCACCACGUUCAAAGAAAAGUUCCUCGCCGGAGAAUGUAGCUCCGCGAGGACAACUUGAAAAGUCCUCAAGUGUCUCUAGUGUGCCAAGCCGCCCCAAAUAUAUGCGUUCGCAUACCGUUAUCGAGUCACGUGCUCAACAGACACAGCCAAUUGUAAAAGUACCAAAGUCAAUACUUGGCUUGCCUCUGGUAACUGGUCCACAGAGACAUGCUUUAACUUUGUACCGUCUAGAAGACCUGCUUAGCUAUGGCACAAGUGGCACCUUCUGUCCCUGUUCAUCAGCACGUCGACUAUGUCAUUUGCUGAUAGAUUUUGUUCGAAUGAUAACCACUGCCCGAAGAAAGACUCUGGAGCAGCGUGAACUAUUCUACAAAUUAGCAACCAGUCCAGAUGGAAUCAAACGUGAAGUCGAACUAAACCGAAUGCAACAUCGUGCUGCCAGAAAGCGUGUUGUCGAUAGUAGUGCAUUUUCAUCGCUCCCAGGGAAGUUAGAUCAUGCUACAGUCGUGGCUUAUACAAUUGGUUCUGGACUACAGUCCAAAGAGUUUCAAGAAACGAAUUUUUAAAUGCACAGUUUUUCUAUUUUUAAUUAAAAGUAAAGAUAAUUUUUGUUUGCAUUUCUUUUAUAACAUUUAAAUUUACAUCACCUCAAAUCAACUAAAAUUUGGUUUCUACUUUGAGAGCUUAUUAAUUAUUAAGUUUUUGGCAGUUAAGAAAAGAGUAACUCAUAGCUUUAGUAUAAUGUGAGAAUGAAUUGAUGUUAUGCGCUAAUCAUGUUAAGUUUUAUAUUUUUUCUUUCGUAGUUUACAAUCAUUAUUAUUAUUAAUAUGUUUUCAUUUAUUGUUUUUUUUUUGUGAUAUAAACUGAAGUUUUUCUAAGA